AUGGCAGAGCCAGAGGCACAAUCGUCAACGAAUCCAGAAAGCUCCAAUGGCUUCCCAGUAGUCUCCUUUCUGGAAAUUGAAGGCCGUGUCCUUUCAGGGGAAGAGUUUGAGGAGUAUUGCAAAGACCACGGACUCUGCCGACGUUGUGCCAAUGUUCGCACGCAUCGACGUGUCAUUAAACUAUUUGGAAGAGGCAAGAAAUGGGAACCCAUGACAUUGCACGAUGAAGAAACUGGAGAAUACAGCGUCUACAAGGGAUAUUGCCUCAAACCCAAUUGUUAUACCUUGGGACAAGCCAAACGCUUGACGGGGGAGGCUGGCACCAAGGACUCUCGGGACAAGCGCCGCAAAAAACUCAAAAUGAAAAUGUUGCGCAAGUCCGACAAGAAUCGCCCCGAACGGCGCAAAACUCGGGCGGAUCCGGAAACGGGAAGUAUCAUGAGUACCAUGGACGAUGAUAUGUCCAUCAUGUCUGGCAUGUCGGAUUUGAGUGGAAUUUCCAGUGCUUCCGGCCGAUCCUCAAGGAGUUCUCGGAGUGGCUUGUCAGGAAUUGCCAGUACCUUUCGCAAAAAGAAGCGACGGGGUUCUGGCUUUUCUCUCACGGAUUCUGUUUCCAGUUUUACGGACUUUUCCGAUGACGAUACCAUUGAUACUACCCAAACUCCCAUGCCAUUGAAACCCGUAGUCCCUGGAGAAGUCAAUCCUAUCAUCUCACAACGUCUCGAGCAAUUGGUAAAGCAUGAUUACUUUGCUGUCCUAGACAUGACCAAGGUGGAAUUGAGACCUGAAGAUGUGGAUGCGAUUGUUGCGGCCAUGGGACAAACCAAGACCUUGGAUACCAUUGUCUUGAACAAGUGCCGAUUGCGGGACGAUGGUUUGAUCAAGAUUGCGAACGCCCUUGAACAAGCCAAUCACAUAAAUAUCCGAUCCUUUAGCUGUCGACAGAACCGUAUUGGAAACAAGGGAGUCACGGCUCUGUCCUUUUUGUUUUCCAAAUCCGAGACGCUGGAAACCUUGGAUUUGUCGGAAAACUCGAUCAGUAGCAAGGGUGCAGCCAAUAUCCUUUCGGCGUUUUCGUCCAACCCCAAGCCAGUCUUGAGUAACUUGAACCUAAGUCAAAAUGAAAUUUGGGACAUGGACGAUGGUUCGUUCUUGCGUUCCAACACCACUCUCAAGAUUUUUAACCUCGAUGGAAACUUUAUGCACGACGAAGGAGCGGAGCAAAUUGCCAACGCGAUUGCUGCCAACAAACAAAGUGUCAUUGAAAAGCUGUACCUAGGAUGGAAUGGAAUCAGUGAUGAUGGAGCGAUUGCACUGGCUCGAAUGAUGGAGGCCAAUGAGACUCUGCAAGUCUUGGGACUGGCCGAGAAUGAUAUCAGCAAUACGGGUGCCAGAGCCAUAUUAAGUGCCCUGGCCAUCAAUACCAGCGUCCGUGAGAUUUCUGGUUUGUACCACAACCAAAUUGAUCGCAAAUUUAUCAUUGUGGCAAUCAAGCGACUACUUCAUCGUUACGGCGAACGUACAGGACAAGCUCCCCCCACUGAACAGGCCGCUGACGAGGGCGAGACCUCGGAUCAUUCGGUCGGCUGGGCUCAGCAAAUCUAUUCGGACGAACGUCACUUUGAUGAAAAGGAAGAAGAACAAGAUCAAGGGCCUAGCAUUGCAUUGGAAGCCAUUGAACAUUGGGACUGGGGUACCUUUGGAAUUGAAGAGAUUGAAGCUUCGAGAAGUCCACCCUCAGCGGUCAUGCCGGACGUGCCGGAUAGGGUACCUUCCCCAGCAGUGGAACCUGAAGCCACCAAAGAGGUUGAACCCGAAGAACUUGUUGAGGUCGCUCCCAAUUUGCCAAUAGAUCGUUUGACGGUGUUUCAAUCAGCACCACUAGCAUACUUUGAUCGAAAAACAUCGGAGCAUAUUGCAAUUCCCAUUUUUGAUUUCCAAUACGAGGCGGAUGCCAUUGAAGAUGCUCUGGCAAAUCCCGAAGCCUUGGGAGGUGUCAUUGAACUGAAUGUGGAAAAUGUCACAGCUGGACGAUUCAAGGUUUCUUUCUUGCAAGGAACCUCGCCCAUUAUGCACUUUUCGGGGAUUGGUCAUGAUAGCUGUUUGGCUUUGGAGAAUGGAUUUGGUUACAUGCAAGCGCUGCCAACCACUGAUUUGAUGCGAUUUGUCAAGAAUGGAGAAGGCAAGGUCAAGGUAGUGGUCGUUCACACGUGUUACGCUCGAGCCAUGGCUGAUGCUUUUAUUGAAGCUGGUGUUCCACAUGUGGUCUGUCUUCAGCGAGACACUGCCUUCCGGGAUGAAGGACCCGUCGAGUUUGCCCAGGCCUUUUACACUGCCUUGGCCAGCCACAAGACUUUGCAGCAAGCCUUCAACGAAGGUGUGGAUACUGUCAAGCGAUCAAGCAAUGUCAAGGUGACUGGUAACAUUGCCCAGCAAUACUGUCUUCUGCCCGAAAAACCAGCCAAUGAUCCAUACCACAAUGUUGACGUAUUUUACCAACGGCCAAUGCCAAAAUUGUCUCCUCCACCGGAAGUCUUUUCGCCACCUCUUCCCGAAGUUCCCGAACAUUUUGUCGGCAGAGAAGUCGACAUGUACGAAGUCUUGGAAUCAUUGCGCGUGGACGAUGUCGUCCGCGUGGGCGGUGCCGUCGGAUGCGGAAAGGCCAGUUGUAUUUCCGCCGUUGCCCGGUACAUUUUGGAACGGCCGAAGUCUUUCAAGAUUGAUUCCGUCUACUGGCUUCCAGCACCCGAGUCAGCCGAAAAGGAGGAAGAUGAAAUAUACGAAGAUCUUUGUUUCUUGAUCGAAAUGACGAUAAAUUCAGAGGAUCAAAUAUGGGAAGAACCAGAAUUCGCGCAAAGAAGAGAUCGGGUGACUUCUGCACUAGCCGAUAUGCGAAGCAUUCUUGUCAUUGAUGGACGAAUGUUCACCACAGAAGCCUCGGGAGAGAAUUUGGAAAUGAUUCUAACUCAUCUGUUGAAUGAGGUCAGCAUGAAGAUUGUCUUAAUCACUGCCAUGGAGGCAUCCAAGUCUUCCAAGACCAAGACGUCUCGACAAGAAGAAACCAUGGUCAAUAUUGGUCCUCUCGAUCUGAAAUCAUCAGCUCUGCUCUUUGGAAACUUGAGCGAGGUGAUCUCAAGGUCUGGAAACCCGAUUGUACACACUGCAGAAGAGUUCGCCGACUGCAUUGUUCCACCGUCAAUUGCGAAAAUAGCAUCUUCGGACGAAAAGCAGAAAUUGGAAUCAAAUCGUAGCAACAAACUAUACGAAAUUCUUGGAGGCGGAAAUCCAACCGAGAUUGCAAAAUCGGCUUCUGCCUUCACGGAAAUUGACCUGCGAAAUUUGCUGCGGUUUGCCAAGAGGCCCGAAAUCCAAGUUGAUUCCGGCGCUGCCCUGGAAGAGGAGAUUUUGAAGUAUACCACGUUGAAGAAGAAGGCCAUUGAUGGAAAGAAUUAUGCCCGAGCUUAUGACUUUACCGAUGCGAUAGAAGAAUUAGAGGGUCUGCGGCCAAAAUUCCCAAACGUUGAAGAUCUUGCCAAGAAAGAGGCAGAAUACAAGGAGAAGUUCAAGAAGUAUUUAAAGAUGAAAAAGUACAACGAGGCAAAUGCAAUCAAGCGAAAGAUCCUUGAACUGAAGAAGACAGCACUCAGGGAGAAGCAUGCCAAGGCCGAAGACGCGAAGAACGCAGUCGCUUUGACUAAUGGGGACUCCAACGGAAAGAAAAAUUUCUACGAGAUCGAUAAGCUCUUUUCGCAAUUGCGAUUAGACCAACCCAUUACCGCGAUGGAUGUCUCGGGCACACUAUCGGAUAACAGCGGCGAAGCUACACUGAAGAUUCCAAGGGUGGGAGGUUUCUGCAAUCUCAAUAUCACAAUGGGAUCUGUGUUUGAUUUGGCAUAUGAGGACGGAACAAGCGGGAUUGUAUAUUGGACCAACGAAUGCUGUGAUAUGGCAGUUGAUGACGAUGGUAAAAAGAUUCUUGAGGCUGGGGGAGAAUCAUUCCAGACAGCCAUGCAGUCACUAGAUGUUCAGGCCACAACUGAUUGGGGCCCAGUCAAGUGCCCUACUGGUGAGGCGGUCGGCAUUGGACCGCUUUCAUUUAGCACUUUGCAAGCCAAAUUUGUCUUCCUUGCUGUUGGGCCAUUGUCACCAUCAAACGAUGAUACCGAAUGGGAUGAUUCGGAUUUGAAUGGAAUCCAAAUCUUGGAAACUGAAAUAAGGGCGUCGUAUCGCUCGUCUCUGCAACUCAUUGCGCAGACAGGUGUCAACGAUGUCGGCAUACCUACACUGACGUCAAAUCCAACGGGAAAUGCAUAUGAAAGAACGCUGUGGAUUGGAUUGAAGACAAUAGUUGAAGAAGCCAAGAGUACGGAAUUGCGUUCGAUUGAUCUGUGUACAGCGUCGCAUCAAGAAGCAAACCUACUGCUCAAAAUGGCACUGGCAUUGGGUUUGUCUGUAUGA